AUGGCUCCCAAGAAGAUUCGCUGCAAGCACAACGACUGCAAGGAGGCCGUUCAAAGAAUGUUUGGCGAUUGCGGUUUCUGCCAGCGCCAGUUCUGCGCAAAGCACCGAUUGCCCGAGGAUCACACAUGCUCCGGCCUGGAUGACUGCAGGAAGGAAGCCCACGCCCAGAACGCUGCCCAGCUGAACCAGGAGCGCACGCAGACCAUCAAGGUCGCAUAG